AUGGAACAACCACCUGGUUUUGUCGACCCUCGUUUUCCUAAUCACGUUUGCAGGUUAAAGAAAGCAUUAUAUGGGCUAAAACAAGCUCCGCGAGCAUGGUUUCAUCGUCUUACUUCCUUUCUUAUUGCAAACGCGUGCAUUAUUUAUCUUCUUGUUUAUGUUGAUGAUCUCAUUUUAACCGGCAACAACGAACAAGUUAUCUCUUCGUUUAUUACUAAACUUCAUCGAGAAUUUGCAGUUAAGGAUCUUGGUGACCUAAACUACUUCUUGGGUCUUGAAGUUUCAUAUACGGAUGAUGGCUUAUUUCUUAGUCAGUCUAAAUAUGCGCAUGACAUUCUAGACCGAGCAAAUCUUCUCCAUGCUAAACCCGUAGGCACACCUCUAGCCUCCCAUGAGAUAUUCACGUCCACUGGUACCUCAUAUUCUAAUCCAACAGAGUACUGCUCGUUAGUGGGUGUGCUUCAGUACUUGACCAUUACUCGACCUGAUAUCUCAUAUGCAGUUAAUCAAAUAAGUCAGUUUCUUCAAAACCCUACGAUAGAUCAUUUUCAAGGUGUCAAGAGAAUUCUUCGUUAUAUCAAGGGCACCGUUUCUUUUGGGCUUACUUUCAAAAAGCCUAAUGACACAUCUAUUUUGGGUUAUUCGGAUGCUGAUUGGGCUAGAUGUAUAGAAACCCGAAGAUCCACAUAUGGUUACUCCAUUUUUCUUGGGGGUAAUCUAGUUUUGCAGAGUGCUAAAAAGCAGCCUAUGGUUGCUCGUUCAAACUGUGAGUCGGAAUACCGGGCAAUGGCAAACACCGCUGUUGAAAUCGUUUGGGUCACUCACUUGUUGUGUGAACUUCAUGCUUUACCUCCAGAUCGCCCAACUCUAUUAUGUGACAAACGUAGUGCUCUAUUCCUAAGCCAAAAUCCGGUGUCUCAUAAACAGGCAAAACAUAUUGAUCUUGAUUAUCAUUUUAUUCGCGAGCUCAUUUCAUCUGGCAGAUUGUGUACUAAAUUUGUUCCUACCAAGCUUCAGGUGGCUGACAUCUUCACAAAAAUUCUUCCACGUCCACAAUUUGAAUUCUUUCGAGCUAUGCUUUGUCUUGGACCACCACCGUCUUGCUUGCGGGGGGAUAUUAGGAAUAAAUCAACAUAAUCAAUUAUAUUAAAUAGUUGAUUUAUUUUAUCUUGUAAAUUAUUCUGUGUAUAUCUUCUUGUAAUAACUUUAUUUUGUUAAUAUAUAUUCAAAUCCUCCCAUAUUGGUGAGGUAUCCCUUUCAAUUAUCACAACAUGUUGGGGAUCACAGGUCCAAAAAAGUCCUCUUCCUACACCUCCACUUCUCAAAACUACUCGGUUGCACCAAAAAUAGGAACCCGGAACGGGAUGGAUUUGAUGGGAAAAACGCAACCACAACGGUAAAUAACAAUGCGGAAUAAUACUUCGUAUGACUAAACUAUUCCCGUCUUGAAUGAACCUUUUAGGAUGCAAACAAACAGGGUAUUUUCACUUGCUCAAAACAGUAAAUCCCCUCAUCUAAUAAAUAAGUACUAAAUUGCCACGUGGCAAUCAUUAAGAACCCUCCCAUCUAAUUUUCCCGCUCAAAUAACCAAUGUGAAUUUCCGACUUUACCCUUGAUAUUGAAGUAUCCUUCUGGCAUCUUAACUUCCUUUUUUCCUCCUCAUUCCACUUUGGUUUCCUUUUCUCUUUCUAUUCAAAUUCAAAACUCAAAUACAAAAAAAUACGAAAAUUAUUCUUCAAUCACCCCUUAUCACGCCUCUUCCUCCUCUAAUUUCUCAUUCGGUUUUGGAAACCAAAUCUCCAUUAUAUACGCCAAGCCAUAGCUAUCUAUAUUAAUGUUGUCAUCCUCUUUUGAAAUUUUCAUUUUUUUCUCCACUGACCACAAACUUCGAUCACUACAGUCUUCUUUUGUUUUUUAUUUUUGUAGAUUUUUCUACUGGUUAUGGACUUCAGGAGUAGUUGGGUUAAUUUCUCUCUACAUCUCCAGAAAUCAACGACCAAAUCGUAUCCAAAAUUGAAUCUACAGGUAAGGCUCAAUUCCUACUUUUAAUGGAUUACUAAUACACCUCUGCCACCUCCAUCUACAAACACUUAGCACUUCAAUUUCUCUCCAAUCAAGCUUCUUCAUCUUCCUCACAAAGCCAAUGUAGUCCUCGAACCCAAUUAGGGCGAGGUCAGUAUAUUGUUUGUGGUUAUGAAUCACUUUUGAAUUUUUGAUUAGUCCUCUGAUGGGUUCGAUCUAAAGCUUUUAAGGGGAAAAUGAUUUUCUUAUAAACUUCAAUUGGGUUAUAAGCAUCGGUAAUUGGUUUGAAUUCUACAAGGGGCAUGUCGAACCUAACAUGAUUGUUUCUCUAUUGUGUUUCAAAAUUUUAUGGUCUUUUUAAAAUUGAUAUCAACUUACGUUUUAUUUUCUGAACACCAUAAUUAUCCUAAUUGUAAUUUAUACAAGAAGACUAUGUUAAGAAUGCAAUACAAGAUGCAUGGUUUGAAGCAAAGUAAAAAUUAUGAGUAAAUCGAUCUACUAACCGCCAUGUUGGUAACUUUUUUCUUGAAUGGACGGUCGAGGUAAAUGAAUAUUUUUUGGUAUAUCAGUAUCAUCUUUUUAGCUUAAUAUUUCCUUGCUAAAAUUUUUAUUUUGACAAAUUGCAUCCAGAGAAUAUAAGUAGUUUAAAUAUAUGGGAAAAUGAAAUGAACAUAAUGAUUUUUCUAAAUGAUGCUCUGGUCAUGGAAGUCUAAUCUCUGGGUCCGGGUUAUAACAUAAUUUGAUAUUUGAAUGGGCUCUGCAAGAAAAUGGUUAUCACACACCAGAUCAUUUUUUUGGUAUACUAGUACCAAUUUUUAUAGCUCAAUAUUUCGGAGUUGUCAGUACUUUUUAUGCUGUUUUAAAUGCUUUACAUUUUAAAAUUAUAAAAUUAAUAAUGGUUUUUGUUUCUUCUAUUUAGUAGAGAACUUGAAAACAUCUCCUCCUCUUUAAUUAUAUUCUGGACCAUUUUGCCCUUGGUGCGGCUUUGGUGUUUUUCUCCAAUUUUGGUAUUGAUAUGGUUUUAACUAAAGACUCAGAGUUACUCUACAUAUUUGUUAAGCAAAAAAUUCCACCCUUGGCGAGAGAAGACUGUUUGAUCCAAUACUUGACCAUAUUGCCCCUGGUGUUGCUUUGUGGCUUUAGUGAAAUUAAUUAGGUGUUUCCCAUGUUUACAAACCAAGACUUCACAAGAACCUUACAUACUUGCUAUGCAAAGAUAUCAAGGUUUAUUGAUUUUCCUGGUGAUGCUUGGAUUCAACACUUUAGUUCUUAUCUCCUGUUUGUUGAUCAGUGAGCAAACACUGUCUUUUUUUUGUGCUUUGUGCUUUGGUUUGUUGAUAUUAAUUGUUACUUUUUUUCCCUUUUAUGUUUAUCUGUAUCAAUUCUUUGUAUUGUUCCAUCCACCAGCUGGUCAAUUAAUAUUAUUUUAAAUAUAUUGCCUUCAAAAAAAAUGUAGUAGUGGCUUUCAAUUCCUUUAUGCCCUUGAAAAGAGCAAGGCAUAUGAACUUCAUAUAUUUUGUGGUAAUGGAGUCUUAUAAUCAAAUAUGAAAUUCGUAUAUUAUGUUUAAUUUUCCUGAUUAUUGUAUGCACAAAACAUGGAGACUUAUGUUAGAGGUCCUAUUCCUAAAUAAAUAUGCCUCCACAUCUUCAAAUGUAUUGGCACAUGGC